CUCCACCUGCGGUGCAAUCGGAUGAUCCCGGGGGGGGCGGAGCCAAGUAGGGGAGACGGUCCAGCCGGCUGACUGCUCCCAAGAAACCCGGCGACGAGCCUCCACAGCGGCAGCUUCACCGAACCGGCCCGCAACCACCGAGCGAGAUACAUCCACCCAGCCGAACUUCACGCUUUCAGCCAAACGCAUCAGCAUUCACGCGACUCUAUAAAGCGAAGCAGCACUCGCAUGCUGCGUUUUCUAGAAGUAUUCGCGAAGGGCUCGCAGGUUCACGUCGAAGAGGAGCGGCUGCGGGAUGGAGACGCAGAUACACGUGCCUGUUGGGUCUCCGCUCAUUAGAAAAAUCCCCAUUUUUGUGGACGAGCACGACGUGACGGCGGGGGCGAUGAAGCUCAUCAAGGUGCUGAGGCCGGCGUGGGACACGAGCGACGUCAAGACCAAGCUCUUCACCGACGGCACCACCAACAAGCUGGUGGGCUGCUACGUGGAGGACAGUCCAGAGGACGUGGUGCUGGUCCGGGUGUACGGCCACAAGACCGAGCUGAUUGUGGACCGAGACAACGAGCUGAAAAGCUUUCAGGUGCUGCACGCCAACGGUUGUGCCCCUCGCCUCUACUGCACCUUUCUGAACGGCAUCUGCUACGAGUUCAUGCAGGGGGACGCUCUCGGGACGCAGGACGUCCGGGAUCCCUCCUUGCGCAGGCUGAUAGCCGGGGAGAUGGCGCGUAUCCACGCCAUCCACGCACACAACGGCUGCAUCCCCAAACCCAACCUCUGGAUCAAGAUGCGCAGGUACUUCUCCCUCGUGGCCACGGAGUUCACCGACCAAGCAUCCAACGUCAGAAUCCAGCAGGAGGUUCCCAGCAAGGCGGUGCUGGAGCAGGAGAUGGCGUGGAUGAAGGAGCACCUCUCCACCCUGGGCUCCCCCGUGGUGCUCUGCCACAACGACCUGCUCUGCAAGAACAUCAUCCACAACGAGAAAGACGGUCACGUCCGCUUCAUCGACUACGAGUACUCCAGCUACAACUACCAGGCCUUUGACAUCGGCAACCACUUCAACGAGUUCGCAGGAAUGGCGGAGCUGGACUACGGGCUGUACCCGAGCCGGGAGAUGCAGAUGGACUGGCUCCGAGUCUACCUGCAGGCGUACAAGCUAUUCAGCCAGAAAGGCGAGGAGGUCAGCGCGCGGGAGCUGGAGACGCUCUACGUGCAGGUCAAUAAGUUCGCCCUGGCUUCUCACUUCUUUUGGGGCUUCUGGGCGCUGAUCCAGGCCAAAUACUCCACCAUCGACUUUGACUUCCUGGGGUACGCUGUGCUACGGUUCAACCGGUACUUUGAGACCAAACCCGCCGCCAUGGCCCUGCAGAUCCCACAAUGAGGAGAUUCAGCGAAGACCGGAAGGUGGAACCGGAUUUCUUUUUUCUUUCUACGAUGGGAACUCUGCUCGUUCCACACCGGCGUCUCGGAGCCGCCGAUUCUUCGUUGCUGCAACUUAGCUCCUCGUCUGGCGCAGCUCAGGCGAAGAUUGUCUGUGUCUGUGUCUGUGUCUGUGUCUGUGUGUGUGUGUGUGUGUGUGUGUGUGUGUGUGUGUGUGUGUGUGUGUCUUGCCUAUAAUAUCCGGCAUCUUGCAGUCCCUCUUUGGUGCAGCCGAACCAGGCGUAGACAUUCAGGGUGCGCGAUACGCCGGUAAUGAAGGAGAAAAGUGGGACGAGAGACUUGAAGGAGAGUCUGGUGUGUGUGUGUGUGUGUGUGUCCUCGGUGCCGUGGCCUUGGACCUGCUGUGUGUGAUGAGCAUUUCCCGUCUGCAGAUAUUUUAAAGCUUUUUAAAAAUUACUUCUUUCAUAUUUGAUGCUAAUUGCUUGUUGCUGCAGUUUUUCUGCUCAGCAAUUUCCAGAAAUCACCUGUGCAUCAAACCGCGGGGGGGGGAGGGAUUUCCUCUCGAUGAUUCUCUGUUGACAUCAGUUCCUCUUGUAGUCACUCCCAGCAAACUGCUGCUAGAUGGAAUGUGAAACUAACUUGUGUGUGUGCGAGCGGACAGAAGCUCCCGGAGGACGAGGACAGCUCUUCAAGGAGAGUAGCUCAGUGUGCUAUUGAUUCAUUCGUGUAAAGACGGAUCAUUUAACAUCUCAGGUGGCUGCAGCGAACGUUGCUUCGUUGCACGUUGAAGUGAUACGCAGCAGGAGAGCAGAGGUGGCUGCUGGGUAAAAGAGAAGAAGAGGGGAGCCGGUGUAACGCCACUGUGUGUGUGUGUGUGUGUGUGUGUGUGUGUGUGUGUGUGUGUGUGUGUGUGUGUGUGUGUGUGUGUGUGUGUGUGUGUGUGUGUGUGUGUGUGUGUGUGUGUGUGUGUGUGUGUUCCACCCGCUUGACUUUUAUGGUUCCAUUUAACUUUCCAUUUGGACGUUGCAAGACAGUCGGAAAAUCACGGCCUCCGUCACGGACCUCCCGCCCCCUCCCCCCGCCCGCCCCACACCUCCUCCCCUCAGGCCCUCCUCGCGCUGCUCAGUGGCACCUUGCGUCCUGUAAUGGGACAUUUCUCGGGGUCAGAUGGAGCGUGUGCAGCAGGUUGUGAGUUGAGCUUCGGAUGCAGAGCUUUGUGACUGGAUGACGUCACUGGUAAAAAGGACUUUGGUUUACUGGUCCAUUAAAACCCCCCCCACCCCCCCCCGGACCGUCUCCUUCUCCACUACGUCCGAUGCUCUGAGCGUCCGACAGUGACGUUUGAGAUGACGUGCCCCUUUUUUUUUUAACAAGCACCCAAUGGCCCAUUGCUACAUCACAGGGCCGUCCCACCUUUUUAUUCUGCUUGCCUUAAAUUGGGCUGAGAGCGUCCAUAGUCGUCCUUGGACUGUUGGACACCUUCACGCUGACCAGUCGGUCCGACUGGCCUCCCAAAGAUCCCGAACACGAGUCUCCAUCCGAUUGGACUGCUCUCAUUAACAGAACGCAUUCAUUCAUGCGGCGGCUCGUAUCCUCCCCUCCAGGCCGGGCUCCAAAUCGCCGCCGCGGGGGGGGUCUCCACCCCCUCAGACACGCCCAGCCCUGACCUUUUGUCCCCCGCCGCUCGUCUCAUGUAACAGAUGGGCUUAAUAAUUCACUGAGUGAGCCGCAGCAGCUGAGUGAGCCGCAGCAGCAGAGCGAGCGCGGCGGGCCGGAGAAUGGGGGUGGAGCCUGGCAGAAGUGGUACGCAUGUGAUGACUCGUGUUCUCCUGCAUUAGUGGUGCGAUUUUAAUUUGAGGGGGGGGGGGAUCAAGACAAGAGGCCCCUAAAUUAAUCUUCUUAGAUUUUCAGACAAAAGCCAAAUUAGAAAACCUGCUGCUUGAACACACAAUCCUGUUCGCCUGGUAGGAAUUCAGCCGGGACAGUUAAAAGGACAGUUUGCACUCAAUGACCUUCUCCAUCCACCUCACCGAUGACCCUGACCCCGAGUGGACCUCAAUGCCUGGCACGGGCCUUCUUUGACGGGUCAGCUCUCGCUGUGGUGUUGAGCUGAAAACAUUCCACACAGAAUGGAGGUUGUUCUUCUCCCAGAAGAUGGAUGCUACUGUAACAGCCCUUUGCCCCAUUGCUCGUCCUUCCCACGGUGUUACGUUAAUAUCGCACGUUUGGUAGCCAAAUCAUCUCGUAACACAGUGCGUCAAAACUUUAAAGUGACCUUAUCCUCGCACCGAGAACCGCGUGGACGCCGGUGACCACACGGGGUGUUAAAGGCACAGUGGCUCCUUCUCAGAAUGAUUAACGUGUCUUUAAAUAAUGACACCACCGGGUUUAAGAGCAGUGUUUCUGACAUGUGAUGUCACAGAGUACACGCCCACUUCACUGCACUGGAUGAAUCAACGAACCUGCGGCAAAUGUGCAGUAGGCAUCAAGAUGUAACACACACACACACACACACACACACACACACACACCUGGACAACGACUGAAUCAGAGUGGGAGCUUUUAGCUGCAUCACAUUGGCUGUAUUCAAAACCGAUUUGGACAAAAUAUGGUAUUCAGUGUGCUAACAAACGCAGAAUAAUCCCAAAAAAACAUAUAUCGUGUUGAUUGAAAUAUAUAUUAAUGAAUUAGAACCUCUGCAAAUCCCGCCAACGGACCGUGUGGUUCUAAAGGUGUUUAUAAACAGGGUUUAUUUAUUGACUGCCUCUAUCGCUGCAUUUCGCACUUUUUUUUAUUUUUUGUUCUAUCAAUAUUUUCUAAUCACACCAAAAGCUUCAGAGGGUUUGCAUUGCAGUUCAUUUGAGAUUAACUAUGUGCGUGUGUACUAACGUAAUUUUAAAAAUCACUGUACAGAAAACCGCUCCUUCCUUUGUAUGCCGAUAUUGACUUUUUGUAGCGCCGUCUAAAGGGACGCAGCACUCCGCUCCCAGAUGUGACUUUGUAAAUGUGCUCAUCAACUGCUAAAGGAGAGGCUUGUAAAUACUGUAAGAAAUACUGUGAAACGCUCACUGUACAGUCCUCCUCUUCUCUGUAAGAGUGGCGAGAGGAAUUAUUUAACAGUUGUCAGUAAAUAUUAAAGAGUAGAGUACUAAAUAAA